GUCCGUUGUUUUAUUUUAGCGUGUUUUCAAGUGUUUAAAGUUUGUGCGCUUAAAAUGGACAUCCUCGUAGAAUCUGCCCAUUUCUCUUGUUUGUUCCGGUCUGUUUUUCAUUCGACCCUCUAGUACAACGUCCAGCGCAUUUUCGUCGUCUCGUUUGCAAACAAGUUGGAAGAGGAUGUUUAAUAGAUGGGCUUGGUGGUGGUGCACGUUGGUUCGCUUCGACUUGUGCGUUCUCGACGGCUUUCGUCCACUUCCAUCUGUGGUUAAUGGCACUGAGCAGCGAUGAUCGGACUUGCAGAUGAGGGGGCGCGGAAAUUGACUUGCGCCAAACAUAAGAAUAAUCAUAAUUUCUUUAAAAAUCUACUAUUCACUCUUCGGAUUGGUGUAGUUGCUCAAUCAGUUUUCGAGGAAUAAGGGUCUUGAAUGUUUUCGAUUCAUCUUUCACCUCUUGAUAUUACCAUAUUAUUUUUCAUGUUCUAGUGUCAUUUCCUUUUCAUUUGUGUUGUUCGCUCCUAAAGUAGAUGCAGUAGGCUAGACGACGAUGUACGUCCAGAGAAAGGAGGAGUCUAACGUUGAGACUGCAGUCGUAGUUGGUCCGUCGUCCUCGCUGGCAGCAGUGAACACGCACCUCUGACCGAAUCUUUUUUCUUUGCUUCGCUCACUUGUGGAAGUUUCACCCUUCGAUACUUUUUCAAACGUUGGUUCACUGGAGCAGCCAACUGUUGCCAACAUCGUUGUCCGUCUAGUGUCUCGUCCUAUUGCGUCGACGUCGUAGCUGGUGAUAGGCAAGGCGAUUGGAUUAAACGGCGAUAACGUCAUCGUCUCACCUGUUUUUUUGUUUUUGCUUUUUUGUCGUCCAGACCACUUUUUGGUAACCCACUCCAGCAGAUAUUGUUCGAUUGGUGUGCAAUUGAGAGCAAAGACGCACAACGAGGCCGGACGUGAGAGAUGGCCUCCUCUUCGGGCGACGUCCAGUCGCACCAUCGCCAUCAGUUUUCCAAAACAACGACAACAAUGACGAGCAUGAGCAACAAUAGUCGACAGUCAACUGGACAUCACGCCAGCCACCAACAUUCGACUGGCAACGAUUCUCUUGCUAUUGAGGAACAAAACUCUUCACUAGAGCCUCAUCAUCCAGUGUAUCCCGUCUCUGAAUGGGACACGAAAUUAGAUCGGAUGCUGGAUGAGCUGCAACGGAGUAUAUCACCGCAAAGGAAAACGGAAGCAUCGAGGAUAGAGGAGAGAGGAAGAAACGAAACGCCGGUGUGCGUGACUUCCGUCCAUCACCAGUCGUCGAGCAAAACGAUCAGCACCAGCGGCGCCAACCAGCAACUAGCCGAACAAGCAAUUUCGCAGACGUCCGUCGCGCGUCGUCUGUUUGACACUGCGUCCGUUUCAGAUCCAGCGGCGCAUUCUUCGUCUGUCAGGCCAGCCAGAUCCCAGUCACCAGAACUGCUUCUGCCCGUAGAAGGACGCACGGAUUCUUACGCCGACGGUCCAUUUGGCAAGGCUUUGUCUGGGAGUGGGAGUGGGAGCAUCGGCAGGGCUCGCUCGAGUUCGCAACAACGCGAAUACCGCCAAUAUCACACGUCGACUAAAACCCACGGCGACGGCUCUCUUCUUGUCGGCAUGCCGGCUUCCGCAGAUGACGCCGACGCCCAUCAGGCACCACCGCCAUCCGUUUCCGAUAGAGCAAAAGCUUGGAGCAGCCGAGGAGUGACGUACAGUUUCAAGGAGGAGGUGACUAGCAGCAGCAGCAGCAACAGCAAGGGUGCAGGCGCUGGCGCUGGAAAUGGAACUGGAACUGGAACAGAGAGCACAGCGGGCGUGGUAGAAACUACCGUCAAAAAAAGCCAAGUCGUCAAAUCGUCUACCACCGGCCAGCAAGACAAGAAAACGGCAUCCUCUGGUCCAGAUCAAGUGGAUUCGUCCCUCAACAAUGUCGUCGUCGAUAUCGGCAAUCAAAUGAUUCCCGAUUGCAUCGAUUUGCUAGCCAGCAGCAAGAAAGAAAAGGCAAAGAAAUCCGUCCGUCUUGCUGAGGGCAACCAGUCGUCUACUCAGCAAGUGGCGUCGGGCUCUUCCAGCCAAUUCUACAGUUACAACGCCAGCAGCAGCAGCAGCAGCAGCAGCAGCAGCAAGAAACAAGUGGUCGCCAGCAGUAGUGGUAGUGCGAUGGUGGCCGAUUCCACCGUUGAUUACAGUCGAAUCAGCAAAAGGCAGAUCGGCGCUGCCACCGCAACCCUGAACCAAAAGCAGCUCGACAGUCCCAUCUGCAAUUUCGCGGAUCACGACGACUUUCCCAAACACAACGUGCGGAUUAUUCCGGAAUCGGCGGGACUCUUGUGCAACGUGGCUUCGCAUCCCCAUCCGAUGUGCAACAUAGAGAGGCAUCCCAAUUUCCCGUUGUACGCGGCUUCGCCUCCGUGCCCACCUGGAUCGCAGGAUGCGCAACCUGUUUGCAACAUCAAAGUCCAUCCCGCCCUACUUUGCAACUAUCCACAUCAUCCGGAUCAUCCCGCUUUUGCCGCCGCUUGCUCUCCGUCGGAAACCAUCUGCAACGUUCCGUCGCACCCCGAAUUGUUGUGCAAUUUACCCAAACAUGCCGACUAUCCGAAACACGCCUCACGCUGUCCGCCACCUGAGAUCGAGCCCAUCUGCAACAUGGAUCUGCCCAAGGGUCAUCCGCGCGUCGUCUGCAAUUUCAUUCGCCAUCCCCACUAUCCGAAAUAUUGCAACGCCAAGCUGACUGGGCAGCAAGCGAACACUGUCUGCAACGUGCCGGCUCAUCGAUUGGACAAGUGCAAUGUACCCGAGCAUCCCGAUUUUCCUGAUUUCAAGGCCAGCAAACCACCUGUCGCCGUAGAGGGCAACAUGAACACCGCGACUCCGAACGACGAUCUGCCGUUGUGCACAGUUCCCGGACAUCCGAUGCUCAUCUGCAACGUGACGCAACAUCCGGACUAUCCGAAAUUCACCCAUCCCGAAUUGCCCGAGUUCUCCGAGGCUGUGGCCGGACUGGUUUGCACCGUACCCAGUCAUCCACACGACCCGAUCCCGUUGCCGUCGAAAUGCAACAUCCCUGGCCAUCCUGGAUAUCCCGAUUUCAUGUCACUAACCGAACCACAGACGGAGCCGUUUUGUGACGUUUCUGGCCACCCUUUCGGUCUGUGCAACAUCCAGACGCAUCCGCAAUACCCUGAAUUGAUGGACCCCGUGGAUCGAGAUGCCGCUCCUUAUUGUUUCAUACCAUCCCAUCCGGAGCUGCUGUGCAACAUUGCUCACCAUCCCGACUUCCCUGGCUACACAACGGAAGGUGAAGUGCCAUCCGAACCGAUUUGCAACGUGCCCAGACACCCACCGAUUCCCAUCGUGGAAAUUCAUGUCCCGUCUCCUACUCCGUCGCCCGUGGCGGCUAGGUCGCCUUCUCCGCCCGUUCGCGAUCCUGGUCCGGUCAUCUGCAAUAUCCCGUUUCAUCCUCAGUACCCUGCUCUAAUGGGCGAUAGUAGCCCGCUUUCGCUGCCCGUCUGCUCCGUUCCCGGACAUCCUCCACUUCUUUGCAAUGUGCCGAAACAUCCCAACUUCCCAGAGCACGUUGGCCACAUCGGACUCAAAUCGCCACCGCAGUGCAACAUACCCGGCCAUCCUCAGCUGUUGUGCAAUUUGCCCUAUCACCCCGACUACCCUCGGCUGGCGGGCGAUUGUCCGUCGGAGCCUUACUGCAACCUGCCAACUCACCCGCUGACCAACAAGCCGAAACUUUAUCAGGCAGGCACAGGUUCUCCUUUGCCCAACCGAAGGCAGGGGACACCCGAUCCCGGACUUCAAGCUCCGCCCAAGAAACUGGACGACCUUAUGGCUACCUUCAAUGGUGGACCGCCUCUCCCGUUGACGUCGACUCCGCGCGGUGAUCCGCAGGCAAUUGUGUUUUCGCCUUCGCCUGCUGUGCAACUUCCGCCCAAGUCUAAGGAACCGGUGGACGGCGAGACGGAGCCGUUGAUAGAGAAAGAAGCACCGAAACGACCUACGACCAAAGGGACUAGCGGACCACCUGUCUACUACCCUCCCGAUCACAAAAUGUUUACGAAAAGAGACGUGCCGAUUCUGUCACGGACUUUGGAGAAAAAGUCGAAAACGAUGGGAGGUCGAUCCAAAGGCAAAAUGAAAUUCGCUGCCAAGCAUUCGGCUAAGGCAUCCGAAUCGGAAUCGAGUGCCAAAGGUGCGUACGGUGGCGCCGCCGUCAUCCCCAUCUGUUUGCCCGUUUGCUGCGCCAUGCCGUGUGUUAUCAUGUGAAGGUUGGCGACAACAGGCGAUUGCAACGACUGUGACGACCAGCGUUUAAGCCCAUCAGCUCAACGGCCGCAUUCAUCGCGAAAAGAACAUUUUCCUUUUUACGGUCGUAAUCGAUUCGGCAGAUCGAUUCGUUUGUCUUUAACAAUGAGUUCAUUUGUUGCCCACAAAACUGACCCAGUGAUUUAAAAAAACAAAACAAAAAAAGCAAAUAUUAUACUCCCGGUGGAUGUCGAUGGCUUGUCUAGUAAGCUUCAUAGCAUUCGAUAUGGGUCAUUGACAAUUUCAACAUGUUUUGCUUUAAUUGACCCCUUUCAUCCGCUUGAACUGUGUACGUUUCACGUCUGUCGUUUCAUUGCGUAUUGAUUCGUUAAAAUCAGUCACAUCAAAUACUGCCAUGAAUCGAUGCUGCACUGCAUUUCAGAUGCAGAUGGCUGCUGCUUUUUGUAACAAACCCCGUCGUCGUGACGGUGCCAUUCGUUUUAUCGAAAACAACAAAUAACGUGUCCAUUGGCCUAGUCCUUCUGCUGUAAUGCGUUCAUCACAUAAUAAAUCGCCAUAUAUAACCCAAA